AUGCUACCCCGGCCACCGCGCCUCGUUCAACUUGAAGUCCACUUCUUGCCCCGCCCUGACGCUGCGUUCAUGGUGCCGCCAAAUGGUGCUUUCGCUGAGGCUUGUGGCAUGCAGCUUUGCCAGCAAGUAUAUCACCCCGAGACGAGCUUACUCAAAUUCACCCUUUUUUUCACCCGCCAAGAGUCUAUGAAAUCACCGAAAAAGACAAAAGAAUUCCUUUGGGAAGUCCUCGAGAGCAUGGGUGUUUUAGGUAGCUGGAAUUACUAUCGAAUCUUUAUCGUGGAUGAGUUUGGCGGGGUACACGAACAGUUUUACCUGGGAGAUUCAGGACAGGGACAGGGAGACUUGAGACACGGCGGUUAUAAGUAA